CUUCUCUUCAGUCUGACAGCAGAGCCUCCCGCUCAUUGUUUCUGCUCACUUCAUUGUGUUGUGUUUCAUGUUUCAUUGUGCUGUCUGAUUUGUUUCUUGUUUGUAAUAUCCUGUCUCCUAACAUGCCUGCAUUUUUCACUUUAAAGCGGUUGGGUUGUAUGAUAUCCGUCUCAGACGUUCUCUUUUGCAGUGAUGGUGAGAGAUCAUCGCCUCAUCGUCUCGUGUCUCUGGUGUCUGAUAGCAUCUGUCCAGGUGCAGGUGCAGCGGUCAUGUGCUUUUGAAGAACACACUGAUCUGAGGGCGUGGCCUCAUGUGGGAUGGGGUGGGGCUAAUGAACACACAAGUGUUCAGCCGCUCAUUCAGACAGUGUUUCAGGGAGUAACAUCUAAUGAUCCAGAAGCAGCACUGACACAAACAAACACCAGACGACUCCAGAGUUUAUUAAAUGCCUGACAGCAACAUCCUCCAGGAUUCAGACGCAGCCCUGGUAACGGUUGGUGGGUGUGGCUGUGGCUUGCAGUGGGCGUGGCUCUGUGCAGCUGUGGGUGUGGUCACAGCUGUUACUCAGAUCAGACUGAUGGAGGCAUAUAACACACAGAUCUGCUGCUCAAUGGAGACAGUCUGCACCCGCCUGAACCUCACAGCACAGCAUGAUGGGAAGUAAAAAAGCAAACAGGAGGUUUUCCCUGGACAGCUCAGGAUAUCAUCUGGAGAUCAGUGCAAGCGCAGCAAAGCACAAGAACAGCAUGCUGAGAAGAUCUUCAGACAGCAGAGGCUUCCAGAAUCCAGACGAGACGCAUCUAGAGCUUCUGGAGCACAGCGGCAGCGUCUCACGCAGAUCCAUGACUAUAGAGGAGGAGGAUGGUUCGGCUCGGCCCGAUGGAUCCGGCGUUCGUAAUAGCUUCAAGAGCCACAACAAAACCUUCCACAAACUCUUCCCUGAGAUCCCAGAGACGGAGGAUCUGGAACACGUGCACAGCUGCGGCCUGCAGAAGGAGGUGAUUUACCACGGUAAGAUGUACCUGUCCAGUCAGCACAUCUGCUUCCACUCGUCUGUGCUGCUGAAGGACACCAGGGUGAUGAUCAACAUGUCCAGCGUUCAGAGCAUAAAGAAGAAACACACAGCUAAGAUUCUUCCCAACGCCAUCGCCAUCAUCACCACAGACAGACACAAGUAUCUGUUCGUGUCGUUACUGAAUCGAGAAGCGUGUUUCAAGCUGCUGCAGGCGCUCUGUACACAGCUGCAGAUGGAGAGCAGCAGCAGGAUAUCCUCCUCUCCGGAUGUGGAGAUGGACACGAUUUCCAGCCUGUCGAGUCUAGAGGAGAAUCCUGAGAACCACACGAUUCAUCCCACAGACGAGAGUCAAACUCUCCUGCCAGAAGUACGAAGCAGCUCAGCGCCACACGACGAGCCGAGCAGAAAGAUCAGCUCGAGCACAGCGGUCUCCUGGGUAACCAUGGUAACAGAGAAGGUCAGCUCGGUUCUGUCGUCCAAUGACACGCGCAGCCUGAACACACUCCUGCUCUUCUACGUGAUCCUUGUGAUUCUUCUUCUGCUGGUGUCUGGUUACAUCGGUUUGCGGAUCGUGGCGCUGGAGCAGCAGCUGAGCAUUCUGGGAUCGAUGCCGGAGUUCACAAUGCAGAAAGAGAAUCAGGAAUCGUGAGAUCAGCGAGGGUCCUGGAGGAGAAUGGUUCAGAUCGGAGACACACAGACUCUGAAUCAGUCGAAGCAGUGAGAGAAUCGAGCUGCAAACACUAAUGCUGGUCAUUAAUGCUGGUCAGAUGGAGACUGUGUGCAUCAGAGACCUGCAGCUCAUCCUGACCUCGCUGACCUCAUCGUUUAUUUAUACUGUAUUUCAUAACUUUAUCCUGCACUAUCAAACUAAGACCAGAUGUUUCUGUUUCACACUGAGGUCAAUAUUCAGAUUAUAAACGCUGGUGUUUCUGAUCUGUCUUCAAGUAUUCUCGCCUUGCUCUGUCUGGCUGCACUAUUAGAUCUGAGAUGUUUAUAGUGUUUUAUAUAAUAUUAGUGUUGCUAUUAUGAAUUUUAUUUGUUAUAAUAAUUAUAAUUGUAAAUAUUUAUUUUGAGACAUGUAAAAAUAAUAAAGUAUAUUUCUGAGGAGUGUGUGAACAGAACUGGAUCUGUGUUGAAAUGUGUUUCUUCGGGCUGAUGAAGUGGUGUGUCUCACAUCUAAAUUAAGUGUUUAACCCACUAGAACAGCCAUCACAAACCAUCAGAAGACCAUGAGUCACAUGCAAAAGAAAGCAAUUGUGACAGUACUGCUGUCUCACGAGUCUAAAUGUGAAGCUUCAUGUGAGCAUGCACUGAAAUCUCUCACAAACACGGUCAGAUGCUGCGGAUCACAACAGCAUCUUCAUCAGAUUCAGCAGCAGCAGCGAUCACAGACAAUGACAUGCUGUUUCUGUAUCAUCUGUAUUCUCAUGAAUCAAGAUAAACAAUAACUGGGAACUGGGAACAAGA